AUGGCGUCAAACAAGAUGAAGUCCAUUGCAGUGAUUUCCAUUAUGGUUCUUUUUAUGUACGGAAUUGAUACAGUGAACAGUUCUCGUAUAUUGUUACUUCCAAUGUAUACGAAAAAACACGGCGUUGGAUUCGGGAAAGUUGCCGAUGCUAUAGCUACAAAUGGGCAUGAUGUCACGAUGUUGAUACCAUCGUGUGACAAAGCCCCGCCUAACAGUAAUUCGUACAGGAUAAAGACAGUACCAUAUUUCAAAUUACCGUUCAUCAGUUACGCAUUCACGACGGCGGAAGAGAAAUACUGGCAUGCACCUCAACCAUUAUCGUACGUACCUGUUAGUAUGUCGGCCCUCACAGACAAAAUGACUUUCUUGGAAAGACUAAAAAAUACCCUCAUUUAUUUGGUCUCUGACAUAUUUCGCGAUGUACUAUAUCUUGCACAAUUCAAACAAAUACAGAAUAAAUACAACAUAGUUCCUGAUACGAAUAUUGGAGACAUUGCAUCAAAGGCCAGACUGUGGUUGUGGGCUUCGGAUUUUGCCUUUGAAUAUCCCCGUCCUCUGAUGCCACACGUUAUACCAAUCGGAUCAUUCACAGCAGAGAAAGUUAAACCACUUUCUAAGGAGCUAGAUGAUUGGAUACGUGGAUCAGGUGUCCAUGGUAUUGUUGUAUUCUCUAUGGGUUCGCAAAUCAAGGACUUGGGACGUAACUUGACUGUGGACAUAGCUUCCGCCUUAUCACGUUUACCACAAAGAAUUGUGUGGCGACAUGACGGAGAGACACCCACAACUGUCGGCAGCAAUACCAAGAUCGUCAAAAAAUGGAUGCCACAAAAUGAUUUACUUGCCAAUCCAAAUACUCGUCUCUUCGUGACCCACGGUGGUGCCAGUGGCGUGCACGAAGGAUUACAUCAUGGCGUACCUAUGCUAUGCAUACCAAUAUACACCGAUCACUAUGACAAUGCUGCUAAAAUGAAGUCGAAAGGUAUCGGAAAUUACAUCGAUUACAAAACAAUGACGUCAGACAGUUUUCACCAAAUGAUGGUUGAUAUAAUCACAAAUGAUAGAUACAAAAAGAGAGCUCAGAAGUUAUCCGCCAUUUCCCGAGAUAAGCCGAUGACUGCCGAAGAAUCUGUUGUAUACUGGGUAAACUACGUAUUGAAACAUGGCACAGAUCAUCUGAUAUCCCAAGUACCCAACCUCUCGUGGUAUCAAUAUUUUUUACUGGACGUAGCCGCGUUCGUGGUAGUUGUUGCCUUGGUAAUAUUUUGCGUCAUUAAAAAGAUGGGCGCAAUUGUAUUAGGAUUAUGCUGUAGAAAAUCUAAGAAACAAAAAAAGAAAACAGCAUGAUUUCCGACGCGUUCCAGCAUUUAUGACACAUUUGUUGACUUUAUGUUAUUGGUCGAAUUUCAUUAAAUAUGGAAUCAAUCAAUAUGUAAUUGUAGUGUUUUCGAGUAAAGUGUACUUAUUUCUUUUCUUGGUGGUAAAUUGUGAACACAUCAUGUAAGUUAUUAUACACUGACCAAAUGGUUUGCAUGCUGUAAAAUACGCUCAGAAAAACUAAAACUCAUUUUGCUAUU